AGAGGAUUCAUUUUCAAACUGUAAAUUCUUAACAAAAAUUGCUAUUUCCACUUCAGUUACAUCCAUUGGUAAUUCUGCAUUUUAUUCAUGUACGUCAUUAUCAUCUAUUGACAUUAGCAACAACAUCAUUUCUAUUGGUGACUAUGCAUUUGAAUCCUGUACAUCUUUAACAAAAGUUAAUAUUGGAAAUAGUGUUUCAACAAUUGGUGAAUAUGCUUUUUAUAAUUGUGUGUCAUUAACAUCAAUAGAUGUGGACACAUCAAAUCCAUCAUAUUCAUCUCUUGAUGGAGUAUUAUACAAUAAAGACAAGACAUUAUUAAUUCAAUAUCCAAUUGGAAAUUCAAGAACAUCAUAUUCUAUCCCUCCUUCUGUUACAGUAAUUGGUGAAAGUGCAUUUUCGCAUUGUACAUCAUUAACGUCAAUAAACAUUCCAGAUUCUGUUACUGAAAUUGAUGAUUUUGCAUUUUCACAUUGUACGUCAUUAACAACAAUAAGUAUUCCUAAUUCUGUAGAAAAUAUUGGGGAUAAUACAUUUUAUUCAUGCACAUCAUUAACAUCAAUUAAUAUUCCUAGUUCUGUUAUAUUCAUUGGUAAAGCAGCAUUUUCUCAUUGUACAUCAUUAACAUCAAUCGAGAUUCCUGGUUCUGUAGCGAAAAUUAGUGAUAAUACAUUUUAUUCAUGCACAUCAUUAACAUCAAUUAAUAUGAGUGAUAAUAUUACAUCUAUUGGGAAUUCUGCAUUUUAUAAUUGUUCAUCAUUAACAUCAAUUACUAUCUCCGACUUUGUCACAUAUAUUGGAGAAAAAGCAUUUGGUGGUUGUCAAUCGUUAUCAUCAAUUGUUAUAGGCAAUUCUGUUGCAUCUAUUAGUGAGUAUAUGUUUUACGAUUGUACGUCAUUAACAGCAAUAAGUAUUCCUAAUUCUGUUACAUAUAUAGGUGAAGGUGCAUUUUCACAUUGUAUAUCAUUAACUUCGAUAAACAUUCCAGAUUCUGUUAUUGAAAUUGAUGAUUUUGCAUUUGAAUCAUGCAUAACAUUAACAUGUGUAUCAUAUAAAGGAACAAAAGAAAUAACAAAUAUAGGGAAAGAAUAUUUGGAUUUUCAAGUAUAG